AUGCAAUUGAUUAAGUAAUUAAUAUAAUCAAAUAUAGACAAGUUGUAAGUGAGUGCAAGUUUUUCUCUUAUUAACCAAUCUUCAAUGUACCAAGAUUUGAGAUUGAAGAAUAUUUAUCUGAAUAUAUAAUUAAAUAACAAGAGAAUAUUGGAUAUGGGAUAUGGAUGAAAUAUUUACCAUUUAAAGAAAUUGAUGAUUAAUGUAUCAAUUAUUUUAUUAACAUUUAUAGCUAAUCGUUCUUCAUUAUAAUAUAAUUAUGCUAAUUAUUAAUAGAUAAUAUAAGGAGGACAGUUUAUAUAUUCUAUAGAAUAGAAAGAAACUAUGCAGAGUAUAAUGAUUAUUUCUGUAAACAUCGAUCCAAUAAGGGAAAUAAUUGAACAUCAUAUUGUUUAUACUUUUGAAUCAACAUCAAAUACUUUAUAAUUUACUUUUGAUAAUGAAAUAUAUGAAGGAUUAUGGAUUAUGUUUUUUGUUUAUAUUGAUGCAUUAUAAAAAAAAACAACAUUUGGAUUUUAUAAUGAAAAAUAAGGAAAAUAUACAAAAGUGAUACAUGAAAUACCUUUAUUUGAAUAAAAAAUAAAACAUAUUUAAGGAGGACUUUAUUAAUAUAUAGACUAAGGAUAAAAAUUAAUUAUAUUAAGUUAAUUUACUGGAAGAUUAUCUUAUGCUUUUACUUCAAAAUAGGAGGACAUUUUUAUUGACAUAAAUAAUUGUUUUAAUAAUUUUAUGAUGAAUUUUUAUUGUCCAUCUUGUUAUUAUGUUUUAACAAAUUAUAAUUAAGAAAUGAAAGGAAAUAAAUACAUAAAUUAGACAAUAAUUGAAUUAGAUUCUCCUAAAUAUGCAAUUCAUGGAUGGAUAAUUUUAAACUCAAUAAAUUAACCUUAUCUUGAGACUGAAAUUUUUAGAAUAACAAUUAAUAAAGAUUAUAAUGAUGAUCAUAAUUUAGGAGAUAGAGUUGCUCAUCUAAAAUAUUAUUAAAGUAAAAUUCCAGGAGAAAAUGGUUUUGAAAUUUCCACAUAUUCUUAUUAAUUUCCAGUUAAAGCAAGAUAUAAAAGCUAAGAAGCUGAUAAAAUACGAGAAUAUAAAGAUUACUAUUCAGAACUAUUUAUUUAAUGGCAUUACAUUUAGUAUGAAUUUGGAUCAGAAAAUAAUAAUGGAUAACCUUUAUUUUAAAUUUACUUUCCUUCAUUAAAUUUAAUUAGAACAUUUUCAUGGAGUAAAUCAAUAAGACAUUUUAAAGGAGUCUAGUUUUAGAUAUUUUUAGGUGGAGAUGACUAUGUUAAUUCCUAUAUGUAAGGAUUCAUAAGUGAAAUGAUAUUUACAGUUUUUUGUGAAUCAGUGCCAACAAUGAGUCCUCCUUGUCAUAUAACUUGUAAUACUUGUAAUGGUCCUACAAAAUAAAAUUGUCUGAGUUGUUCUGAAAAUAUGUUUAGAUAUUUAUACAAAGUUGAAAACUCUUGUUUAUGUUAAGAUGGUUACUAUGAAAAUGAUUCUGGAUCUUGCGAAUAUGUAAAUGCAUUAUUUCCUUAUAUAUCUAAAUAAGAAUUUCAGAUUGGAUGCCAUUUAGAAGGAUAUGAAAUUUGUGAUAAUGAUUAGAUAAUAUGUUCAUUUGGAUAUUUUAAGUAUAAUAAACGAUGUAUUUAAUGGUAAAAAUAUUCUAUAUUUUAGUCCAAAUUAUAAUGAUAUAAAUUCUUACACACAUUUCUAAUGUUUUAAUUGUAUUACAUCACCAUCUGAAUUUGCGUAAAAUUUUAUUUGUUAUGAAGAAGCUUAAACUUUUUAAUUCAAUUAAGACUUUAUUUAUGAUAUCAAAUAAAAAAAAUUAGAAAAAAUUAGCUAUUAUGAAAUAUCUGUUGGUUUAGAUUAAAACUUUGAAUUAAAGUUAUGUGUUAAUUGUAUUGGAAAAAACAAGUGUAAACCUGGUUAUUAUUAUUCAAAUAAUUAAUGUUAAAAAUGUAUAGAAGGUUGUUAAGCUUGUUCAAAUAUUAAUAAUUGUGAUUAAUGUUACUCAAAUUAUUAUAAAGAUAUUGAAAAUAACUGUUAAUUAUGUAAAAUUUGUGAAAGUUGUACUGCAUUUAGAGAUGAUAUCUAUUGUGUUACUUGUAAAGAGAAAUAAAUAUUAGUAAUUGCGACUUGCCUUUAUUGUGGAAGGAAUUGCAAUAGUUGCGAUGAAAAAUAAUACUGCAAUUAUUGUAUAGGAUCUCCAUAAGAAUAUUAUAUUUCUUUAGAUGGUAUCAAUUGUAAUAUUUGCUCUAUAGAUAAUUGUAUAUAUUGUUUUGAGUAUAUUGUAAACAACAACAUUUAUACAACUUCAUUAGAUAUUUAAUUUUCAAUAUUUAAUUCAGAUUUUCGUUAAGUUAAUUUAGGUUGUGCUUUAUGCAAAAAAAAUUACUUUUAUAAUUAGAUCACUUAAAAAUGUGAAUUAUAAUUAAGUUAAACUAAUUGUGACUUUGCUCUUAUCCUAAUAUCUAAUUUAGAACAGAAAUGUAUCAUUGGUUUGCAAAAUUCAGAUGCAAUUUAAGUUUCUUUUUGUUAAGAUAUUCAGUUUUGUUUAGAAUGUAUAAAUGAUUACAAUCCUAAUAAUAAUUUUUGUAUUGUUUGUGAAGAUGGCUAUUAUUCAAAUAUUUUAACAGGUUAAUGCAAUCUUUGUCCGAAUAUUUGUAAAACAUGUAUUUAAUAAAAUAAAAAAUAUCGAGAUUAUUGGAAAUGGAAUAUUAAAGCAUUUUAUAAGUUCUUUCUAAAUACUAAUAAUAAUCAUCCAUUUGAAGUCUUUGCGUCUGUACAAGCAGAAAAAGAUAUGGAAAUCAUAUGCACCUCAUGUCUUAUUGGUUAUAUUUUGAAUGAUUUUAAAUGUAUUUAAGACUGUCUUAAAGGUUGUUUAAAAUGUUAAAUAAUUAAUGGUAAAUCUACUUGUAUUUAAUGUCAAGAAACAUCUUCUGGUUUCUUAAAAAGUUAUAAUUAAUAUUAAAAUUGCUUAAAUUGUCCAGCCAAUUGUCUAGCCUGUUUAUAAAGAAAGGAAUCAGAAAUUGCUAAAAUUAAUCCCUAUUUUUUAUUAACUAGUUCUAAUUAAUAUUUAACAAGAAUUUGUUAUGAAAAAUCAUAGAAGAACACUGAAUAAAAUUCUUAUUAUUAUGAUUCUUUUACAUAAACUAUUACAACUUGUAAUUAAUAUUCAAAAUGUUAUAACAAAAUAAUUUUUAAAUAAAAUUUGUUUUGUGAGUAUUCAGAUUAUUUUUAGAAGAUGUCAUAAUCAAGUGAUUUAUAAUUUGAAAAGAACAAUUUACCUCUAGAUAGAUUUUUUUAUGAUUAUUACAUUAAUGCGUUUGAAUCUCCAUCAUUAUAUGACUAUUUAAAUCAAAUUUCAGUUAAAUAUGUCUCUUAUUAAUUCAUUUUGAUAUAAGGUAACACAGAAGAAUGUCUUAUAAAAGAUAAACUUAAUAUAUAUUCAACUUUACUACAAAAUGUAUUUUCUUUAUAGUAAAUUGAUAUAAGUUUUAUUGGAGAAAGGCAAUCUACAAAAUUAAAAAUUGAGUCAUAUGUUAAUUUGAGUAAUUACACAUCGGUAACAUUUCAAAAUAUUUAAUUUAACUUUGGUCAAAGCUUAUAAUCCUCUUCUGAUCACACUAUCAUUAACUUAUAUAAUUUAAAAUCAAACUUAAUCUUAUAAUUAAUAAACUGUAUUUUUACUACCUAAAAUGGUUAAAACAAAAACUACACUCUUUAAAUUAUUUCAAAUAUUCCAUAUUCACUACAAAUUGACAAUUUAAUUUUCAAAAAUUUUUAUAUUUUCUCCUCCAAUUUAUUUUAAUUUUUUGCUUCACAAAGUAAUAUGGAAAAUAAUUAUCUGAAUUUGAAAAAUUUAACUAUCCAAAAUUCAUUCUUUUUCAAUUCAACAUUAUUUAAUUUUAUUGCUAAUGUUAACAAUUUAAAUUAUUAUUCCAAUUUUUCCAAAAUUGAUAUAAUAAACAGUAAAUUUAUUUAAUCUAAUUUCAUUUUAUGUAGCAGCCUUUUAAAUUUUACAACAGGUAUUAUGUAUGUUAAUCAUUUAUGGUUAUAAAAUCUAUAAAUGAUAAAUAGAUCAAAUUUCUUUUAAUCAAAUUGUGGGAAAUUAGUGCAAUUGUAAUUAAUUUAGCUAGAUAAUUGCGCCUUUAUAGAUAACUCAAGAUUUUAUUCUUCAAAUAUCAUUAGAAUUCAAAAUUUAAUUUUUAAUAAUAGUUUUCUUCUUAAUAGUUAUUUAAUAAUAAAUAAUGUAGAUAAUACUAGGUAACAAGAAACUUAGAUUAAUACAUCCGAAAUUUUAAUAAAGUCUUGUUAAUUUCUGAAUAAUAAAUAUGAUAAUCCUCAAUAAAUCAUACUAAUCAAAUAAUAUUAAGAAACGACUCGUUUUUAACUUCUUUUGAAAAAUUUAUUGUUAUCUAAUAAUAGUCUAACUAACAAAUUAUAGCAAAAUUAAAUAUCAUAUUAUUAAUCCACAAUUUAUAUUGAAUGUUAAAUCUGUAUUAUAUAGAAUAUUCAAAUUUAAAGAGGGUAAGGAUUACCAGAAAUAAGCAUUCUUAAUUCUGAAAAUUUGAUGAUAAAAAAUUUCACAAUUUCUUAAGAUUAAUAAUAUACUUCAAAAACUUUGCAUACUUCAAUAGAUUGUGUAUAAAAGUUCGCAAUUAUGGAUUUAUAUUUCAUUCUUUAUAUUGGGCAAUACUAAAUUGUAUAGAUAGAUUAAUUUUAUAUUUAUAAUUGUUUAAGUUUCAAUAAUGCUUACAUAAUUUUAAAAGGUUAUGAAAUAAUGGAUAUAUAAAUAAAUGAGUCCAUAAUAAUUUAGAACUCUAAUUUUUAUGAUAAUACAUUAAUAAUUACUGAUGCUAAUAAAAAUGUUGCCCUAAUCUCUUUAAGAUCAUCACAAUAAUGUUAUAUAAAUAUUUCAAAUUCUAAUUUUGAAAAUAAUCAUUUAAAUGAAUAUUUUCAAGAUCUAACAAGCAUUUCCGCAAGUACAAUAUUUAUAACUCUAUAAUAAGGGUUUGCUUUUAUAAAGAAUUCCACAUUUCUUAAUAAUAGAGUUACAAAUUCAAGUGAUUCAAUUAUUUAUAUUAAAUCAAAGGUUUUGCAUAUAGAAGAGUUACAGUUUAUUAGCAACAGUAUAACAAAUCUGACUUCUAUUGUUAAAAGCUUACUUUUUCCUUUAACAUAGAAUAUAAGUUUAUUUGAUUUUGAUGCAGCAUUCCCAAUUAAAUCAAAUGGUGGAAAUGGAUAAUUUAUAGUCUAGGAACUAAUAAUCUAUAAUAUUAGUAUUAAUACAUCUAAUUCAUAAUUUGGAGGAGGGUUCUAUAUUGCUACAUAAGGAAUGAGCAUUAUUCAAAUAGCAAACUCUGUUUUUUUUAACACUUAAGCUCAGUUAUAGAAUUCUGCUUUUUCUAAAGGAGGAUGCCUCUAUAUUGAUGCUUCUUUGUCUUAAUUAACAUUUUCUAUUACAAAUUCAUCAAUUGAUACUUCAUUAGCAAAAUUAGAGGGAGGAGGUAUUUAUAUUAUUCCAUCUGAAAUUAAAAAUUAAAUUGAGUUUUUCGAUCUAAAAAUUAAAGAUUGCUUUUCUUUGAAAAACUCAUUUUUUUCUUAUUCCUCUGGUAAAAUUGAAAAUUUAGUUUCAAAUAUAAAAUUUUAAAGUUUAAAUUUUAUUCAAACACAAUAGGGUUUGUUUAUGUAUCUAUCUAUGUUUGAGAAAAUAACUAAUACAUAAGCUAAUUAAAUGGCAAAUUCAAACCCAUUAAUAUAUGCUGACUUUUGUAAUUUUACAUUGUAAAAUUGUAACUUUUAUUCAACUUAUAUUUAAUUUUUGUUGUAUAUAGAACAAGCUGAUAAUAUUCUGUUAGCUAACGUUAAAGUUAUCAAUAGCUCAAUUUUAAAUUCUCCUUUAUUCAAAAUAAAUUUAAAGAAAGGUAAUUUUUAAUUUAUUAAUCCUAGAAUUUCCGGGGUAAUUAAAAAUUUUUAAUUUAUUACUUAGUAAUGUUCUAUCUUUUAAACAGAUUUAAGAAGAAAUUUGUAGCAUAGAAAUUCAAACAUUAGAAACUUAAAUUUCUUGUCCAUAUGAAUCUUAGAAUGAUAUUAUUAAUAUAAAGGAACCAGAAUUUACUUUUUAAAGAUCAAAUCAACUACUUUGUAAUCAAAUUUUAAUAUUUUCAAGUAUUGGAUUUAAUUUUAGUCUUUUUGAAAUCGACUAAUUAAAUUCUAAACACAAAUUAAUUUUGAAUAAAGUAAGCUUUCAAAAUUCAAUUUGUGAAACAUGUUAGUUUGGUCUUUUAAGAAUUCUUGGCUUUGAUUAAAUUUAAGCAACUAAUAUGAAUUUUUCAUAUAUUUAGAUAGAAAAUUGUAAAUGUGGAAAUACAGGAUGUCUAUCAAUUAUAAGAUCAGUUGAUGUACCAAUCAAUGAAAAUGAUUUAUAAAUUAAUAAUCGUUUAUUGAGAGAGAUUAAUUAUGAUAAAAUAGAAAGCUAAAUGAAUUAAUAGUUAUUAAUAGCUAGAAGUUAAUUUAAAAAUAAUUCAGCACUAUUAGGAGGUUCAUUAUUUUUAGUUGAUGUUGAAACAUUAAUCAGAUAAUGCGUAUUUUAUUUUAAUUCUGCUCAAAAAGGAGGAGCUAUCUACUUUAACUCUUAAGAAAAGUAAUUGUUAAUAUUAGAAACUGAUAUAUCAUUUAAUUUUGCAUAAAUUGGUGGAGGAUUGUUCAUUAUUUCCCAGUAUUUAUAAUAAACAAAAGAAUUAGAUGUUAUUUUGAUUAAUAAUAAUUCAACUCUUUAUGGUAAUGAUGUAUUAGAGAAACCAAGAACUCUAACAUUAUCAUUAGAUGGAGGAUUAACUUUUUUAGAUAAAAAAACCUUAAUUAGUUCUGAGACUGAAUUAAUUGAACAAAUAAUAAUCAAUCCUUAUAAAACUUAUGGGAUUCCAAAUAAGUUAAUUUUUUUGACAUUACCAUCUGGAUAACCAAUAUCAAAUUAUGAAUAUUUUGAUCGAUUCACUUUUGAAACUAUUUCAUAUGAAUAUAAAUUUAGAAUUAUAGUUUUAGACAAGUUUUAAAAGUAAACAAAAGGAUUAAAUACAUUUUAAUGUCAGCUAUCUCCUAUAGUCUAUAAUUUCACUGCUUAAGCUGAAUAACUAGAUACUAAAUUUAGUCUAUCUUUUUAUAAUGUUACUUAUAAUUAAUCUAGUGGAGAUUAUAAUUUAGAUAAUCUAAUUAUUUAUUUUAAUCCAAAUUAUGGUAAAGAUUUGGUUUUAAGAUUAUAUAUAUCAUGUGAUUUUGUUUAAAUACCAUUAUAUGAUGAUAAACCUCCUUUUUUGAUAAAAAAAAGUUUAGAUUUAUACAAAAUAUUUGUUGACAUUUAAACAUUUCCAUGCUAAAUUGGAGAAUUUUUGAAUUAUACUUCAGGAGGAUGUGUUAUUUGUGAUGCUUAUAAAAAUUAAUAUUCUGUAAAAUUAGAAGCUAUCAGUUGCAGUUUUAAGGAUGAUUCAAAAAUAAAUUCAAUUAAAUCAUAAAUGAUUGAAUUAAGAAAUAAUUAUUGGAGAGCCUAUUAUUAUAGUGAUGUGAUUGAAUAUUGUUACAAUUUUCCAUUAAAUUGUAAAGGAGGAUGGAUACCAGGAGAAUUAUCUUGUUUAUUAGGACAUAUUGGAGCUUUAUGUGAAUAAUGUGAUUUAUAUAAUGUAAGAGGUGAUGGCUAAUUUUCAAUAAGUUAAGAAUUUCAAUGUGGAAAUUGUAAUUAAAUUUCCUAUAACAUUAUAAUUACAAUAUUAAUUAGUCUAUGGACUAUAUUUUCAGUAUUAAUAUCAGUUACUAGUACUGUUGAAAUGCUGAAAGAUUUUAUUAGAGGUUUAAGAAUAAAGUUUUUUGGAGUCAAUCAUAUUAUUAAAGAAGCUUCACCUGCUAUUUUAAUUAAAAUAUUUACAAAUUACUUAUAAAUAAUCUAAGCCAUCUCAAAUUUUUAAUUAGAAGUACCUUAUAAUCUACUUGUUGUACUAGAAGGUUUUGCUAAUCCUAUUGGAUCUAUGGUUUACUCAUUAGAUUGUUUCAUCAUAGAUUUUUCUAGCAUUUCAAUUAUUUAUUUUAAAAUAAUUUGGAGUUUGAUUAUGGCAUCCUUUUAUUUAAAGACUUUUUUUCUUUUGCUUGGAAUUGCUAUUUCUACAAAACUCAUUAGGCUUGAAAUUUCAUAUAUUUCAACUCCUUUUAUUUAUUUAUUCAUUUAUUUAUAACCUAAUUUAGUUGGUUAGAUAAUUUCAUUAUUAUCUUAUAGAAAGAUUUCUGAAUAGUAUUGGAUUUAGGGAAAUGUCUCAUAUAGAUAUGAUACAGAAUUUCAUUAAAAAUGGACUUAUUCUUUUUGUCUACCUCUAUUAAUACUAUUUGGUUUUUUAAUUCCAAGUUUUUUAUUUUAUGGACUAUUUAAAAAUAAUAAACAAUUAGAUAAAAUAAUCAUAAGAAAAACAUGGGGAUAUUUAUAUAAUGAAUACAAAAUUUAUGCCUAUUAUUGGGAAACAUUGAAGAUUAUUUAAAAGGAAGCAAUAAUAAUAGUACUAAUUUACUAUCAUGAUCAUAUAUAAAUUAAAGCUUCGAUCGUCUUUCUUAUAUUAUUUGGUUAUAGCUUUUUAACUACUUCUUAUAAACCGUAUACAACUGGAUAAUUAAACAGAUUAGACACCCAAUCUACAAUCAUUUGUGCUUUAUCAAUUAUUGUGGCCAGUUGUAUCUAUACUGCCUAAUAAUAAAGUUUAAAUGAACUUAUCUUACCUUCUUACAUUAUAAUAGGCUCAGUUAAUUCUUUUUAUGUUAUAAAAAUGCUAAUAUAAAUUAUUUUAUCAUAUUUUAACAAACUAGACAAAAUAUUUGAAAAGUUUUCAGGAACGAUUAUAAGAAAUUUUCCUCAUAUAAUUUCACAUUAUCCUAAAAUUUAUAACUUUUUAGAAGGGAGGAAAUAAAAACAAUUAAGAAUUAGAAGAAAAUACAGUUAAUUAAGGGAUUAUCUUUUACCUAAAGCUAAACGAAUUCUACAAUUUAAGAAGUAUUAUUAUUAUGAAUUAAUAGGCUUAAUGAAAAAGUUCCAUCUCUUAAUCAAAUUAGUUUAAAGCGGUUGGAACUAGAAUAAAAUUUAAUUAUAACACCAUAAAUUAAAAGUCUUUAGAGUGAAGUAGCCUUAAAUUCAAGUUAAUUACUAUCAGAAAGAAUGAACUCAAAACAAUUAAUGAAAGAUUCUGAAACUAACUAAAAAUCCUUGUUUUACAUUUUUCAAAAAGCUAAUGACAAAAAAUAUAAUUAGAACUCUAAAAUAUGA